GUCGCGUCAUUAGCGGGCGCCGGAAGGGAGCGAGGCUCGGGCCCCUGGUCGGGAGCCUAGAGGGCUGGGUCUAGAGGGUUAGGUCUAGAGGGCACCGACAUGGCGGAGGCGGCAGCUGCGUUGGCCUCCCGGCGAGCCCUGCACUUCGUGUUCAAAGUGGGCAACCGCUUCCAGACGGCUCGCUUCUACCGGGACCUGUUGGGGAUGAAGAUCCUGCGGCAUGAGGAAUUCGAGGAAGGCUGCAAGGCUUCCUGUAAUGGGCCUUAUGACGGGAAGUGGAGUAAAACUAUGGUGGGCUAUGGGCCUGAGGACAAUCACUUUGUCGCAGAGCUGACCUACAAUUACGGCAUUGGUGACUACAAGCUCGGCAAUGACUUCAUGGGCCUCACACUGGUUUCCAGCCAGGCUGUCACUAAUGCCAAGAAGUCGGAGUGGCCAGUUCGUGAGAUUGCUGAAGGAAUUUUUGAAACUGAAGCUCCAGGGGGAUAUAAAUUCUACUUAAAGAACGACAGUCAGCCCUCUUCAGACCCCGUGCUGAAAGUGACCUUGGCUGUGUCCGACCUGUGUCGGUCCCUCCACUACUGGUCAGACCUGCUGGGAAUGAAAGUUUAUGAGAAGGAUGAAGAGCAGCAAAGAGCUCUCCUGGGCUAUGCUGACAACCAGUGCAAGCUGGAGUUACAGGGCAUCAAGGGAGCAGUGGAUCAUGGGACAGCCUUUGGGAGGAUUGCCUUCUCCUGCCCAAAGAAAGAGUUACCAGAUAUAGAGGCACUGAUGAAAAAGGAGAGCCAGAAGAUUCUGACCCCCCUUGUUAGUCUGGACACCCCCGGGAAAGCAACUGUACAAGUGGUCAUUCUGGCUGACCCUGAUGGACAUGAAAUUUGCUUUGUGGGCGAUGAAGCAUUUCAAGAACUUUCCAAGAUGGAUCCAAGUGGGGACAAAUUGUUGGAUGAUGCAAUGGCAGCAGACAAAAGCGACGAGUGGUUUGCUAAACACAAAAUACAGAAGGCUUCUGGAUAAUGGAAGAGCAAAGACUUAUGUUGUUCAUCCCAAAUCCCAUCCAGCACUGGAGUCUCAGAGUAUUUCAGAGGGCUCUUAUUCCUUGGGAAGUAGUGGCACAGGCUGCAUUGCCUUAUGGGUAGAGGAAACAGUCUUAGUGACAUUUAAAUUCCAGAUUUUUUUUCAAAACCCUUACUUUCUGUCUUGGACUCAAUACUGUUUCCAAGGCAGAAGAGUGGUAAAGGCUAGACAAUGUGAGUGAAGUGAUUCUCCAGGAUCACACAGCUAAGAAGUGUCUGAGGCCAUAUUUGAACCCAGAACCCUCUUUGUCUGUAGGCCAAUAUCUCUAUCCACUCAGCCACCUAGCUGCCCAUGAGUCCUGGGCUCUGGAAUUAAAGCAAGAGGUUACUUACUUUUUGCAAAGAGGCUAGAUUUGGAAUUGGGAAGGGUUGACUGAGAAGAGACCAAUCCCGGAGCCACACAUUGAGAUUUAAACUGUGAGCCCUCACUGUCCUCCCAGAGCUGGGAUUUUAAGAACAAAUCUUGACCAAAUAGCACCUUAACUCUAGUUUUUUAAUAUCGUUAGUCCUAGGAAGAUUGUCACUCAUACCUGCAACUCCGAAUGUACAUUUCAAGUGAAUUACUUCACUGUAAUCUUGAAGUUGGCUAGCUUAAGCAUUUUGAAAAGUUGAGAGAUCAGACAUUUUCCAGGAGAACUUUUCCAGGAAAACAGAGGGUACACUUUCCUUUCCCAGUGUGUAAUACUGAAUCUAAAGUGAUUUGAUGUUUCUUCUUUAAUGAUUAGAUUACAUUUUCUAUGGGUAAAGGAAUGGAGGGCAGGGGGGAGGUUGGAAUUGUUUACAUAGACCUUGAAUUAUCAAAUAAACUUAAUUCUCUGUUUUUUGUGAA